AUGGGAGUUUAUUAUCAGGCGUUCGCGGAUGAUGUGGUUUUGGUCUUUGAUGGGGACUCAGCUUUAGCGAUAGAACGAUGUGCCAACGCUGCUCUCGACCAAGUUAGAAUGUGGGGCAUUAGAAAUCGCCUUAAAUUCGCGCCGCACAAAACUUGUGCAAUGAUAGUGACGCGGAAAUUGAAACACGACACACCACGAUUGAGCAUGGGAGGGGUGGCCAUCGGAAUGUCAGACGAAAUGAAACUGCUGGGCCUCACGAUCGACUGCAAACUAACAUUCGACAAACACGUGGCCAAUGUUUGUAAAAAAGCACUAAACAUAUACAAGCAAUUGGCUAGGGCAGCUCGUGUUGGCUGGGGUUUGCAUCCGAAGGUCAUCCAAACUAUCUAUACGGCAGCAGUUGAACCAGUUAUAUUGUAUGCCGCCGGUGCGUGGUCGCCAGCUGCAAGUAAACUGGGGAUUCGAAGACGACUAGACUCUGUCCAGAGAGGAUUUUCCCAGAAGCUAUGCAAAGCGUACCGCACCGUAUCGCUAAACUCUGCUCUGGUUCUGGCAGGGAUACUUCCCCUCGACCUUCGAAUAAAAGAAGCAGCCGCACUGUAUGAAGCCAAAAAAGGAUUCCCUCGCCCUGAACUUGGAGACAGAGAGGUUGAACUGAUGGCGCCAGUCAUUGAGUCUCCCCAUCCGUCGCUACAGUCAAUCAUACUGUUUGGCAGCCUGAUAAAUCAGGAACAGUAUAAUAACUCACACCACGAAGUAAAAAUUUUUACAGACGGAAGUAAAAUCGAGGGGAAGGUGGGCGCAGCCUUUUCAGUAUGGGAGGAGGGUAUUGAAACAAGAACCAUAAAAUUGGCGCUACCAACGUAUUGUUCCGUCUACCAGGCGGAACUCCUAGCAUUAUACAGAGCGGUCGAACAUGUUCUCGGUCAUAAGAGCAGGGACUUUGGAAUUUACAGCGACUCCAUGUCAGCUCUCCAAACGAUCUCAAACCUCGGAUCGACCCACCCCCUGGCCGUGAAGUUAAGAAACACCUUAAGGAGAACAAAACUCCAAUACAAGAGUGUUUCCUUGUAUUGGAUAAAGGCGCACGUGGGAUUAGAGGGUAACGAGCGAGCAGAUGAACUGGCAAAGGAGGCUGCCCUGCGUUCCAAAAAGAAGCCAGACUAUGACCGAUGUCCGAUUUCCUUCCUCAAGCGAAUAAUACGGAUGGAAACGCUCAGACUGUGGGAGGAAAGAUACAAGCUAGGAGAAACAGCGGCAAUAACAAAACUCUUUUUCCCCUCUGCAAAGGAUGCGCAUAGAAUCAUUAAAAAGAUUGAAAUAAAUGGCUACAUCACGCAAAUCAUGACGGGGCAUGGUGGAUUCUCAUCGUACUUGAGUCGUUUUAAGUGCAAGGAGGAUCCAUCAUGUGCCUGCGAACAAGGAGUGGAAGAAACAGUCCCACACCUAAUUGUUAGCUGUCCCAUAUUCCAGCAAAGACGCUUCGACUUGGAGCACGAAAUUAAUACACCAAUAACGGUAGAAAAUCUACAGAAAAUAAUGAUAAGUAAAAAUAGAGACAAGUUUCUAAAAUUUUGUAUCGAAAUUGUAAAGAAAGUAAUAGAAAAGAAUAAAAGUGAUUAA